CAGAACUCACACUUAGGCUACGCCUGCUUCUACUAACACUUACAGUAGACUACUUCUUGUUUCCACGCAGUGACAGUAAGUUGACUAACUGUUCAAGACCUCUCCUCUUCACUUCACUCUACUGCAGGGUGGGAGAUGCAACAAUGGCCUUGAGAACAGCAGGAAGUGUGCUGGUGGUCUUUCUCUGGUCUGUAGCAGUGGUACUGGGUCAGGGUGUCUGGAGUGUGACCUACACCAAGAAUAGUAUCUGUGCCUUGAAGGGGUCAACAGUGGAUCUGUCCUGCUCUUACACAUAUCCCAGAGGUCAUAAAGUUACAACAACCACAUGGUAUAACUGGAAGAUGGGUGUCUGGUAUACUUAUGAUAUCCAAGAUAAGAAUGAGGGCCGUAUGGAGUACCGGGGGAAUAAGGAGAAUGACUGCACCCUGACAAUCACAGACCUGAAAUGGAGUGAUGCUGCAGCAUAUUAUUUCAUGUUUUCAACAAAAUCCUCCUCUUGGAUUCCUCGCAAUGACUAUGUCACUCUCAUUGUCACAGAACUGCAGGUGGAGGUAACAGACACAAGUAAUAGGAAGACACUGUCCUGUAGCACCACCUGUACUCUGACUGACAACCCCACCUACAUCUGGUACAAGAACGGACACAAAGUAAAGGAGGACACUUCCAGCCUGGACUCAGACUCCUUUAGUGAUGCAGACAGUUACUCCUGUGCUGUAAAAGGCCGUGAGGAUCUCCUCUCUCCUGCAGUGUGUCAGAAGUGUUGGAGUGUGACUUACACCCAUCAGAGUAUCUGUGCUUUGAAGGGGUCAUCAGUGGACAUAUCCUGCUCUUACACAUAUCCCAGUUAUCAUGAGAUCAAACAAGCUUUCUGGUUUACUAAAUGGUCUGGUAUGGAGGCUGAAGAUCUGAGCUCAGUGCCAGGGUAUGAGGGUCAUAUAGAGUACCUUGGGGAUAAGGAGAGUGACUGUACCCUGAGAAUCACAGACCUGAGAUUGAGUGACUCUGCUGGGUUCAGGUUCAGAUUCAUAACAUCUGGAGGAAGUGAGUUUAAUGGCUCACCUGUCUCCCUGACUGUCACAGAUGUUGUGUUGGAGAUGGAUCCUACAUCUGUGUCAGAGGGGGAGAGAGUCACACUGAGAUGUAGAACUAAAUGUACACUGGACCCCAUCACAGCCUACAGUUGGUAUAAGAAUGGACAGUCUCUACCAAACAGCAACACCUCCUCUCCUGUCUAUAUCCUGUUCUCAGUCAGCAGUGAGGAUACAGGCAGAUACUCCUGUUCUGUAGAAGGACAUGAGGAUCUCCCCUCUGAUGAAGAGACUCUCACUGUCACAUAUGGACCAAGGAACACCUCAGUGUCAGUCAGUCCCUCUGGUGAAAUAGUGGAGGGCAGUUCAGUGACUCUGACCUGCAGCAGUGAUGCCAACCCACCUGUGGACAAAUACACCUGGUACAAGAAGAACGUAACCUCACCAAAAGCAUCAGGACAGAGUUACAGCAUCACUAACAUCAUCUCUGAGGACAGAGGAGAAUAUUACUGUGAGGCCCAGAAUGGAAGAGGAUCUAAUAACUCUACAGCUCUGAUGAUCAUUGUAGCAGGGAAACAGACCUCAGUUGUGACUGCAGCUGUAGGAAUCAUAGUGGUUGUUCUGGUUCUCAUCCUCUGUCUCUCUGGACUCAUGUUGUUCAGGAGAUACACAGGAGGAAGUGAUGCGACAACAGACACACAGAGUGUCCGUCCUGACUGUAACAGUGACACGUACACAGGUCUGAACAUGAGGACCAUGUCCCCUGACUAUGACACGCUGGCAAGUGUCCAUCCUGACCCUAACAGUGAUGCCAACAGUGACAUGUACACACCUCUGAACAUGAAGACCAGGUCACCAGAGUAUGACACCCUGGCAAAUGUGAGGGGACCCUCCCACUGAAGAUAACCACCACAGAUCCUGGACUGAAGAGAAUCACCACAGAUCCUGGACUGAAGAGAAUCACCACAGAAGCUGGACUGAAGAGAAUCACCACAGAAGCUGGACUGAAGAGAAUCACCACAGAUCCUGGACUGAAGAGAAUCACCACAGAUCCUGGACUGAAGAGAAUCACCACAGAAGCUGGACUGAAGAGAAUCACCACAGAUCCUGGACUGAAGAGAAUCACCACAGAUCCUGGACUGAAGAGAAUCACCACAGAUCCUGGACUGAAGAGAAUCACCACAGAUCCUGGACUGAAGAGAAUCACCACAGAAGCUGGACUGAAGAGAAUCACCACAGAAGCUGGACUGAAGAGAAACACCACAGAAGCUGGACUCACGAGCUACGGUUCCAAUCCAAAGCCAGGCCUCACACAUCUAUUCUCUUGCAACCUUAUCUAGAUGGUUUUCCAGACCAUGAACUUUAGCUUUUGAGUAAAUGCUGGAAUAGAUGUUUUAUUUUCUUAUGAUGAUAAUUAUGUAUAUUGGUGAUAAAUGGGAUGGGUUAUGCUUCU